UUGGUAGUAAAUAAGUUUCAUACUGUAUCUACUUUGUAAUUGAACGCUUGAGUAUUGGAUUGGACAUUGUCGGGAAGCUCAAAACAUAAUUCUACGUUCCCUUUUUAAAAUCGACAAUAUUGUCAUAAAAAUAAUUGAAGUGACUAUUUCUGUUUUUAUUAUUUUCGCCCGUUUACGAACAUUUGAUCAUAUUUGCACGGGACUUUUAUUUUUUUUACGUGUUAACAAAUCGGAAGUAGGACACUAAAAAUGAGUUUCCUUUUUUGGCAUCACUCCUAUCAACUGAAUUCCCGCUUGAUUUUUAUUUUUUUUUUUAUACGAAUUGGGUUGAGGUGUACGGUUUGGGUGUGACUGUGAUCCGGAUAAUGCAACACAUUUUUUUUGUGAAUUAUCUCGCCCGCCUCCCCUCGAAUAGUUAAAUACCUAACCGAAUCUCGACGAAAUGAAACUGUGAAUGUAGAAGAAUUCCCCAAGUUGUUAACCAAUAGCAAGCGAAUUAAAUUUUUAGAAAUCACUCCGAAGGUAAUAACAUUCUAAUAGUACUAGUAUUUACUAUUAAGUAGCCUUUCGAAUAAAAAUCUUUCAGGGAUGAUGGCGUGCCGCGUUCAAAAUCGAAGUACAAGAUACGUAGCACAAAAAAAAGUAAAAUUAAAAUGGGAUGUGGAGCACGAACUCGUAGCGUAGAGUCGGAGUGUAGAGACUAGCUAGCAGCUUAGGUCCUAAAUUUAACUAUCCUAGUACAGGCAGUCUCAAAAAUAGGUUUUCUUUUGGAUCAGUCGUGAGACACUGUUUGAUGUGCACACAUUUGCGGUCCGUAUUUUGUAGGCUAAUAUUGCGAGAGAAAACCUCUUUUUACGUUGUACAACGCAAACUUGCGAUAUGGCUGCAGCUUUGAUAGCCUCUUGUCUGUUGAUUGCAGCUUCCUGCCUAUCAUCCGAACUGUUACGCAUCAUCAUUAAUAAAAAUGUCGAGACUCCCUUAUCCAAACUUCUAUGUCUGGAAUUUAUUGCUUCAGCCGAGCUUUGUGCCGUUUGUUUUGAGUUGAUUGUGGUUGCGGAGGAGUACGGAAUUUGGAUGUAUGCCCUGGUUCUGUUUCUUCUUACUCUGUGGUGGGCAGCUCAUUGGGGUGAUGCGUCCGCUUGUCCUUAUAUUCAUCUUGAAGCGUAUCUCGAUGGUUCUAUCCAUUUCAGUCAAGCUUUCCUUGCUUCUUUGGCAGAAAUAGCCGGAGGAUUAGCUAUUUACAAAUACGUACAAUAUACAUGGGAUUUAGAAUUAUCUGGCCACAUAAAUAGAUCAGUCUGGGACUGCGACGCAGACCUACACGUUCCAGCAUUUCAGGGAGCUUUGAUCGAAGGUGUGGCAACUUUUCUGUGUCGAAUUGUGUCAAAGCUUAUCGCUGAGAUUGAACCGCGGUUUGGAGGUGUUCUCGAUGCAUUUAUUGGAACUUCUUUAGUUGUAGCAGCUUGUGACUAUUCUGGUGGAUAUUUCAACCCAGUGUUGGCCACAUCAUUAAAGCUUAACUGUCGCGGUAAUACUGUUGCAGAACACUUUGUCGUCUACUGGAUUGGUUCGAUUGCUGGAUCAGUCGUUUCAUGGCGGGUUUAUCCUUUCAUUAAAGAAAAUCUAUUUCCUAAACCAUCGACAAAUAAAAAAGACCAAUAGAAAAAAAGCAAUGUGUCUCCGGACUGGAAAAAAGUGUAUUUAAUAGAUGAAAAUUGACAGGAAACUAAUAAGGAAUUUUCAAAAAUUAAAAUAAAAAAGAAGUUUACAUCCCGAAAUUACGACUUUUCGCUUUGGAACUCUUCCGUCAAUAAAUUAUGUCAUGGUCUCUCA